UUCCCGCCCUCUACUCAGAGGAGGACUGGCCUGCAAGAGUGGCCAGAGUUGGAGUUUUGGGGGUUUGGGGACCUCUGCUUGAGCCGUUUGCGUGGUGAAGAUGAGCUAGCUCCUCCAAAACUGGUUUCAAUUUCGCUUUUCCUGCCUGAGACUUGUGAUAAUAACUGGGUGCAUCUCCAGUGCAGGAAACGUCCUUGGCAUCUUGGUGCCAGGCAUUCUGCUACUGCUGGUGGUGGGUUAUGAACACAGAUGACCAGGAUGAAGUCCUUGCCUUGGAAUAAGCCCAUUGCCCAUCCCAUAAUUUGAUGCCUGUAUUACUAGAGUCCUGAGAAACACGGAAUGCUGAUUAGAAUUUGGGGCAAAGUUCCCUGGGUAUUCUCUGGAGAAAAGAUGCGGAGGUGGACCUGGAAGGCUUCCUGGAGUAGGUGGCUUGCAUUCGAGCUGGAGGAUCUUCAGAAGAAGCCUCCCCCGUACCUGCGGAACCUGUCCAGCAGUGAUGCCAAUGUCCUGGUGUGGCACGCUCUCCUCCUACCUGACCAACCUCCCUACCACCUCAAAGCCUUCAACCUGUGCAUCAGCUUCCCGCCUGAGUAUCCGUUCAAGCCUCCCACGAUCAAAUUCACAACCAAGAUCUACCACCCCAACGUGGACGAGAGCGGAUAUGUUUGCCUGCCCAUCAUCAGCAGUGAGAAUUGGAAGCCUUGCACCAAGACUUGCCAAGUGCUGGAGGCCCUGAAUGUGCUAGUGAAUAGACCGAAUAUCAGGGAGCCCCUGCGACUGGACCUCGCUGACCUGCUGACAGAGAAUCCGGAGCUGUUCAGAAAGAAUGCUGAAGAGUUCACCCUCCAAUAUGGAGUGGACCGGCCCUCCUAACUCAUGUUCUGACCCUCUGUGCACUGGAUCCUUGGCAUGGUGGAUGGACAUACCUCAUGGACUGAGGCCAGAGCCCCCUAUGGCCCAUUCCCCACUCAUUUUUUCUUUCUUAGGUUGUUAGUCAUUCGUGUGUGUGUGUGUGUGUGUGUGUGUGGUGGAGGGAAGGGAGCUGUGAGUGUGUGUUGUGUGUGGACUCACACACAGCUCUUGCCCUGCAGUCCCCUUACCUGAGAAGUGUGGAAAGAGGGGAAUAUAACCAGAAGGAGUGCCACCAGAGUCAAAAUGGAAGUUUGUUUUUUAUUUUUGGUGACCACUUACUGAACACUUGAGUGGCAGGCAGGACGGGGCAAAGCUUUUUGCCCUUUUCAUGAUCUCAUUUGACUCUCGCAACACCUUCAUAAGGUUGCAACUCCCAGUAUCCCCUUUCAGCCUGUAAACUGAGGCCCAGAGAGGUUAACUGUAUGGCCCAGUGUCACACAGCUGGUUAGUGGUAAGACCCAGGCCAUUGUCCUUUCCCAGACACCCUGCACAGUUAUUGAUACCUCAGCAGGUGAGGAAACCCCUGUGUCCAGAGUUUAUUAUCCCAGAGUGCAGACAGACGUUCCUGGGCCAAGUAUGGAGCGGGCACUGAGGGGCCAGAGAGGAUUUUACAAAAGUACUUUUAAUGCAGUUAAAACCAACGCCACAUGCCCUUGCCUGAGCCCCUGGCUCUGGUGCCUCCAUGGAGCAGAAGGGAGCCCCCGGGCCACAGCUGGUGAGCUGGGCACCCUGCCCAUCUCUGCCCGCAGAGCCAGUCACCUCCUCAUUUCUUCUUGGUCUUCACCAGUCCUUUCUGCACGAGGCUGCGGUACAGCUCCUGGAUGUAGGUGUAGACGCACUUGGAGUCAGGCACAGCCAACCGCACCAUGUCAUCCACGUCCAGCAGCUGAGCACAGUCAGCCAGUUUCCUAAGGAAUGGGGUAGAAUGAGGAGCAGAAGGUCAAAGGUGAAGGAAAUGGGAGUAAGGGGAUGGGUGCGGGCAGCCCAGCAACGAUGAAGCUCAUAGGAUGGGCUGGGAUGUUGGAGCUGGGAGAUCAUCUAAGCCAAUCAUCCCAUUAUAUAGAUGAGAUAACUGAGGCCACAGCAGAGUUAAGACAAACCCAGGCCAGGUGCCAUGGCUUCCUUUAGCUGUGAUACUCCUAUAGGUAGGUCACAGGAUGUAGACAGGUAACGCCAAAGCCAAGCCCAGUGAAUACUUCAAUAAUGAGUUUGAGGCCAGGCAUAGUGGCUCACACCUGUAAUCCCAGCACUUUGGGAGGCCAUUGCGGGAGGAUCCCUUGAGCUCAGUAGUUCGAGACCAGCCUGGACAACCUAGUGAGACCUUUUUGGAGAAUGGGAGCUUCUCAAAAAAAUAAAAACAAAAAUUACAA